AUGUUGCCACCACUAGAACGCUUUCUCAUUCUCUCCGAUGAAGCUGCAUUUGAGAAAUAUCGUCUCAACAAUGAAAACGGUCAUCACGAUGAAGAAAUACAUCACUUGGUGUCAAGUAUUUUGAAAGGAAAUUUGAUGCCCAUUCAUAGUGCAUCCUAUCAAAGAACUUUCUCUUCGAUAUUUGCAUCUCUAUCUAGCCUUGAGGGUACUCAAGAGGAUUAUAAAACUAUUCAAUCCUUGUUGGAUGAAUGUUAUCAUAAUUUGGAGACAACCAUAUCGGAAUUUGCACAACAGGCUCCACAAAAUUCAAUGCUCCUUUUACUCUAUGGCAUUAUUUAUUUAAACACAUUUGUUCAACACAACUUUGUGGGUCCUACAUUCAAUUUUGACAAGACAUUCUCUCUUCCGAUGCUCAAUGAUUCAACAAGUGAAUAUUUACAAGUGGAGUCAACACAUAAUAUUGCCAAGUACAUUCAAAAGUAUGCCAUUUCAAAACUUUCUAUUAACGGAGAGACUGCUUUUACAAUGACAACAAUUCCACAUUAUUUACUUGUUGCUAAAUGUUUUUUGGAUAACAACUUGAUUAAGAAUGUGGAGAGUCAUGAAUGGUGGAGAAUUAGAGUUAAUAUCAUUCAUCAAAAGUUGAUGACUUUUUCAACUGAAACUUUGUUAAAUGCAAUUACGAAAAGCUUUGAAAUUUUGGAUUCAAAAUUCCCAACUGAGAAUUUUAAUGUCGAAGAUGAUGAAUUGAUUGCAAGAUAUUAUGUGGAGAAGGGAUUAGUAGAUUAUCACUUUAAUAGACAAAAGUUUGCUCAACAAAGUUUUGAGAAGGCAAAGCUUGUUACUGGUCUCUAUCUUAAUGUGACAGGAAAACUUGGUGUGAAAACUAAAUAUCAAUCGUUUAAAACCUCACAACUUGUGUUAGAAGCAAAAAGUAGAACAAUUGACACCAAUGCCAACACACAGGAAGAAUCAACGCUUCCAGAGGUUAUACAACACUAUGAGGAUUCUCACUUGCUUGAAAAACCAUCCAUCGAUGUAGCUGAAAAUGAACAAGAUUUAUCAAAAUCUGCUCUGAGAGUGAUUGAUCAAGUGAUCAUUCUUGCCAAGUGUAUGGACAUUAAGAACACAAAUCCAGAGUAUGGCCUUACUAAAGAAGAAAUGAUGCCUUAUAUUCUCAGAGUCAUUGAGCACCCACAAAGUUGGCUGGUUCAAUCAACAGCAUUGUGGUUGAGAGCUAGAAUAGAGAGUGAUAAAAUUAAUCACUUGGUUCGAAGUAUUGAACAAUUUGAAAAGCUAGUCUCUCAUUUGAAAGAUACUGAACCACCUGUUUCUGUUCGUCUCAAAUACUUUUAUUGUCUUGGAUAUCCUCCAAUAUUUGAUUUGCAAAGAGAAUUGGCAUUUAUUUAUUCGAGAUCAAGUCUUCUUGAAAGUGCUCUUGUCAUUUUCAGAAAAUAUGGAAUGUUUGAAGAAAUUAUGAAAACUCUUGUAUCUCUCGAUCAAGAAAAUAGAGCAAAGAAAGUUGUUAUUGAAAAGUUAUUAGAAGAGCCAGAUAAUCCUCUCUUGUGGUGUAUGCUUGGAGAUUUGAAACGUUCUGAAAAACUUCGUAAAGAAUAUCAUGUGGAAGGUGAAGAGCAAAUUCUCUCGCAAUAUCCAACCUGUGUGGACAUGUAUAUGAAAGCAUGGGAUGUCUCAGAAAAGAGAUUUGCAAGAGCCAAACGUGCCCUCGGAUUUUAUUAUACUGAAAAACAGGAACAUGAAAAAGCCAUUCCUGAAUUCGAGGAAUCUCUUGCACUUUCUGCUUUACACACAAAUGCUUGGUUUAUUUAUGGUUUUUGUUGUAUGAGAUGUGAAAAGUGGGACAAGGCCCAAACGGCCUAUUCGAAAGUGACUCAACAAAAUCCAGAUGAUGCUGAAUCGUGGAGUAAUUUAGCCAAUGUUCGUUUACAUCAAGGUCAAAAAAAGAGUGCAUUCGUAGCAAUGAAAGAAGCAGCUCGAUUGGCAUACGACAGCUGGAAAAUAUGGCAAAAUUUCCUUUAUAUUUCCAUUGAGGCCAAUGAAUUUGAUUAUGCCAUUACAGCAGUAAAAAGAUUGGUCGAUAUCAAAGAAGACAAAAAACUUGACACUGAUGUCUUCUUCUUGUUUUUGAGGGUUUUCAAGAUCUUAUUGGAAAAGUCACCAAUACCUCAUGGAGAACAUUUGAAAGAAGAAUUAUUGAGAAUGUUCGAGAAGAUCACUGAUAGAAUUUCAUUGGAUCCUCAUGUUUGGAAAGCUUACGCUGGAUUCUAUGAAAUUUUGGCCAAUUCCAUUAAAGAUGAUUCGAGCGAAGACAAGAUCAAAUAUUUGGAACAAGCUGUUGACAAGAGGCAACGAUUAUGCAGAAGUUUGCAAAUGACUGGAUGGGAAAGAGAAAAAUCUAAAUUUGAGUUGGUCGCUUUCUCUGUGGCCGAACUCGUGAAAUUGCAAGUUCGUGUCGCUACAUGGUUCAAGGAACACAAUCAAGAAGAUAAGGAAGUUCAAUAUCUUUCUAUGGCUGAGGAUAUCCUCAAAUCAGUAACCAAACGAUCACAAGAAAUAUUUAAGAAUUCUGAAGAGUUUAAUGAAUUAUCUCAAUUACUCGAUCAAGUGCGAGAGGCCUUGAAAUAA